UGUCUUUAUGGUGUUUUUGUUUGAAAAUAAAACCAAAUGUCUAAAUAUCCAGGAAAGGUAUGGGAACUUGUGUAAUAAAUUGUGUUUUGUAAAAAGUAAAGGAGUAAACAAAUUUUCGUAUUUUGUCGAUGAAAAUAGAUUAUUAUUUAAUUUAAACCUUUCAUUUUUUCCUUAUUUGUUCAGUACUUAGUGGGCGGCCUCCGUUUAGCCAAUGAGUAACAAAAUUUAAAUUAUAACAUAAGUUGAUGAACAGUCCAGACUCUCGCGAAGUUAAUGGCCUCAGUGAGAUAGAGAGUGAAAGUGAAUCAAUUAAGGGGCUUAUAAAAAAAUAUACUUAAAUUCAGAAUAAAAGCAUUGAUGAAUUUAAAACUGUAAAUUUAGUUGUAAAAUUAAAUUGUCACUAAUGAAAGGGGACAAAGUUUAUUUACUCUACGACAAAGCUGAUGACACAAUACAGCUGCAGGGAGAACCAAGGAAGGGAUUGCAAUGGGAGUACUUGAACAAGGACGAGUUCACCAUAGUGUACAGGCCACAGUCUGCAGAUGUGGGGAUCAGGCAAGGAGAGGGGAGUGUGGAAGGGAUCUUGUUCCGUAGGUCCAGCAGCCUGUCGACCAUCGAAGACCUUUUCCUGGCCAGGAGAUGUCCACUGAUCAGGCCACUGCUGUCAGAGACCGAGAUAGCAAGGAUUCAAAGAGCGCAGGAUCAGUGUAGGAGAGAACAUUUUGAGUUAAGUGGAAGAAAACUUUUAUCAGAUGAAGUAAAAACUGAAGACGUCCAACAACUGGAGUCGUUGGCUACUUCAGAUUUAAGACCAGAUGUCGGAGGAGGUGAACAUCCAGAACUUGGAGAAAGUCCAAGAGAUAAUCUAAAAACAACAAGCCCUUUAACUGACUUAAAAGAUAAGAGAAAGCCCAGUGGUACUGCUGCUAAAUUAAAGAAAGAUAAAAAAGAAAAGAGGGAUGAUCAUGAGAAAGAUAUAACUAGCAAAAGAAAACCUGUAGGUAAAACUAAAUUGAUAGAUAAAGAAAGGGACAAAGUGCAAAAGCCAAAGAAAGCUGAAAAAUCAGUAAAAAGAGAGGAAAAACCUAAAGCAAAAAUUACUCAAAAAGAAAAAUUACUUGGAGACAAAGUUGAUGUACGAGAAACAAAAUCUAAGAAAAAAGGAAAGGGAACUGAUUCUGAUGUACUUAAAGAGAGUAAAAAGGGCAAUAAGAAAAAUGCUGAUGAAUCAGAAAGUGAAAUAAAGAAAAGAAAAGUAACUAAAGGAAAAAAGGAUCUUGAUUCUGAUGAUGAAGUACAGUUCGACAAGAAGAAGAAAAAAUCACUGGAUGAGAAAAUAAACACUAAUAAGAGCCCAAAAAGUAAACAAAAAUCCAGUGCAAUUGAUUUAAAAACAGAUACAGAUGGUAAAGAAAAUCUUUCAAAAAAGAGAACCAAAUCUGAACCUGGUAAAAGAGAUGAUAUGGAAAAGAAGCAAAAACGUGCUAGAGAAGCCUCUUUGCCUCAAACAGAGAAAAGUGACAAAUCUGCAAGUUAUAAACAAUCAGAUAAAAAAGGAAAAGCUCAUAAAUUAGAAGAAACAGAUGAUGAAACCAACAAAUCAAGAAAACCUUCUGUUGGUAAAAAAAAGAAACAAGUCGGAGAAGAUUCAGACCACCAAGAUGUUACUCCAGUGGAUAAGUCUACAAAAGGGAUGGGAGAAAAGAGUGAAGGAAGUGGGCCAAAGAUAAAGGAGGGAAAGGCUAAGUCACCUCUGUCUAAAGCGUCCCUAGCAUCUCCAACAACCAAAGACGGAAAGCACCCCACAAUCUUGGAACAUAAGAAAGAGAAACAGAUUAUGCCAGAGAGAAGAAGUAAAAGAUUGUCCUCAAUUGAAAAUAUAAUAUAUUAUGUGCUGUCCAACCCUAUAUUUAUCAAGAUGGGCUGGACAUUGACACCAACAGACCGAACUGUCUCUAGAGUGGUUACAUUUCACACCACCCCCGCUAACCCUCAGACUUAUUGUUUCAGACAGAGAGAAGAGGAGGAAACCAAGUUUUAUCCUUCAGGAAAUUUGGCGGUUAAGAUGGAAAUUGAUGGAACCGGAGGGAUAUUUUAUUCUAAUGGCUCUCCUGCGAUGUUAAUCAAAAACACGGACACAGGUAUGCGAUUGACAAUGUACUCAAAUCCAAAGAAGGAUCCUCUUAUGAAGAACAGCUUUGUUGCCAAAAUCAUUGGCAUGUUUGACUCUUCCGGUAACGGAGUAAUUUAUGACUUGGAAGGUAACAAAAUACUGAAUUUUAACCAAUUUGAAGGCGUAUUCAACAACCAGUUGAAGUCCGUCACUCACAAAUGGCAUUGGAGUGAUUACAAUAUAUUAAAGAAAUACAGAGAAAAGGAGCUCUUAAAUUUUAUGGCCAAAGAGUCACAGACAGAGCCUGAAGUUGUCAAAGGCAAAAAGGGAGCAAUCCCUGCUGGGGCUGAUAAAAAAGCAAAAAGUUUGGAAAAGAAAUCCGAUUUGGGAUCAUUUUACAAGAAAAUUCUGGCAGAAUUGCCUUUUCCGCAACAACAAAAGCCCAAAGUACUAAAUGAAAAUCGCAACAUGGGUUUUAAGUCAAUAAUAUUGAAGAUCAACAAAGAAAUGGCUCUACGGAUAAAUGGACAAGACAGUGUGUUUGUUAAUUUCUUUUCCAACAAAAUAUUUUACCGAGUUGACCUUGGAAUUAGAGUCGACCCGGAGAUAGUGGAGAGGAUAGAAGACUUAGCUCCGGACAGAGUGAAUGGCAUCCCCUGUGUGUUUGAUUCUCUGUUCCAUCUCUCUGCCAGUCUACAAGAGCUGAAAAACUUACACAUGGAGCAGUCCAAGACCAAUAUUCCAGGGAAGUACCCUCCUUUGAAAGUAAAUUAGACCCUUCAAUGUUCAUCAAUUCUGUAAUAUAAAACUGUAUUUGUCCAUCAA